UUGAUGCACACAUGUCUCAAGCACUAUAGACCAUAACAGCUGAUAAGAGAAAGAGCAGAUUUUAAGAGAAGAAUGAACCCAAUUUUUGGAGUCUAUCAACAGAAUAAUGGAUUUUAUUUGAUAAAAUUCUGUUUCAUGUGGAGCUUACUAUAUUUGAGAAAGUUUAAGGAAUCGGUGACACGUAUUUUCGGGAAUAAAAGUGAUGGAAGUAAAUAUGAAGAUUUGGAUAAGCCUCAACCAUUAUCUACUAAUCAACAUGCCGUAGAUGCUGUAUAUUUCAAUGGAGCAAACUCAAAACACUCCUGGCUUGUAUGUGGAACUGCUAGGAGAAAAAAUCAUCUUGUCAAUGGAUUUUUGUAUUUGAAAGUUACCGACUACAAUAACAAGCUUUUGGUUUCGCCUAGGCUGCCUGAUACUUGCAUGAUUCAAACCGAUGCUGAACUCGGGGUAUUUGAGGCCGAAGGCUUAAAAUUAACACCUCUAAAACCUAUGAUAUCAUGGAAAAUAGAGUAUACUGGAAAAAUGAGAUACGAGAAUGAUUAUUCACAAGAUAUUGACGUGAAGCUUGAUGCAACGUGGACAUCUGAUCUACCAUAUUUUAAUUUUGCUUCAGAUAUGGAUCCUCGUUCUGUAGCACGUGCCAUGGCUAAGGAGCGAUGGUCGAGGCAACACUUCAAAAAUUUGAAAAAAUACCAUCAAACACACUAUGAGCAGUUUGGAACCUUAAACGGAACAGUACAAAUCAAUGGAAUCCACUAUCCUCUAAAAUUAGAUUGUAUGAGAGAUCAUAGCUUUGGGGAGCGAAGGGAUUGGAGAAAUUUUCAUCGUUACGUUAUGCACUUUAUUCAUCUUGAAAACGGGGAUAGAAUAACAGUAGGUGUUAUCAGUAUGCCGGUCACCUUUUCUAGGCUAGAAGCAGGUUUUAUCAGUUUAUCCAACGAAAAAUGCAACUAUCCUAUCAUCAGUGUAAAUUUAGAUCUGUAUCAACAUGGAGAGCAAGGUAUCCCUCCCGUAGAUUAUGCUUUUCAAUUCAAUACAGGUCAGGAUUUGUACACAGUAAUGGUACAAGCGGUUGCAAAUCCCGAAUUUUACAUCGGAAAAGAAAGCGAAUGUCGUAUUGUUGAGCAAUUAUGUAGCUUCAAGGUAAACAAUUUGAAAGGAUGGGGAGCAGCAGAAUGGCAAUACAGGAAUUCGAAUGGUCCCCUUGUGAAUAAAACCGAAACUGUUUUAAAAUAGAACAUCCACUUUCAUUUUUCAACUUGAUCAAUUUUUCUGUUAAUAAAUCAAUAUCUUUCGCAUUUUAGA